GACCAUGCGGAAAGUGGUUUUGAUCACCGGGGCGAGCAGUGGCGUUGGCCUAGCCCUCUGCAGGCGGUUGCUGGAGGAAGACCAUGAACUUCACCUGUGCUUGGCGUGCAGGAACAUGAGCAAAGCGGAAGCCGUCCGCACUGCUCUGCUGGCCUCCCACCCCACCGCCGAGGUCUCCACCGUGCAGGUGGAUGUCAGCAGCCUGCCGUCAGUGUUCCAGGCCUCCAAGGAGCUCAAGCAAAGGUUUCAGAGAUUUGACUAUGUAUAUCUAAAUGCUGGGAUCAUGCCUAAUCCACAGCUAAAUAUCAAAGCACUUUUCUGUGGCCUCUUUUCAAGAAAAGCGAUUCAUAUAUUCUCUACAGCUGAAGGAGUGCUGACCCAGAGUGAAAAGAUUACUGCUGAUGGCCUCCAGGAGGUGUUUGAAACCAAUGUCUUUGGCCACUUUAUCCUGAUUCGGGAACUGGAAUCUCUCCUGUGUCAUAGUGACAGUCCAUCUCAGCUCAUCUGGACAUCAUCUCGUAAUGCAGUGAAAUCUAAUUUCAGCCUUGAGGACAUCCAGCACAGCAAAGGCCAGGAGCCCUACAGCUCUUCCAAAUAUGCUAUUGACCUUCUGAGUGUGGCUUUGAACAAGAACUUCAACCAGCGGGGUCUGUAUUCCAGUGUAGCGUGCCCAGGUACGGUGCUGACCAAUUUGACAUAUGGAAUUCUAUCUCCCUUUGUGUGGUCGUUGAUCAUGCCAAUCAUAUGGCUGUUACGGUUUUUUGCAAAUGCUUUCACGUUGACACCAUACAAUGGAACAGAAGCACUGGUCUGGCUUUUCCACCAAAAGCCCGAGUCUCUCAAUCCUCUGCUGAAGUAUCUGAGUGCCACCACUGGCUUUGGAAGCAAUUACGUAACGUCCAAAAAGAUAGACCUAGAUGAAGACACUGCUGAAAAAUUUUACCAAAACUUACUGGAACUGGAAAAGGAUAUUAGGGUCACCAUUCAAAAAACCAAAAACCAGAGCUGA